CGUGUUACGUUGUGGCUUUCUUAAUAACAGAGGAGAAAAAACAGAGCUUCAUUAGCGGCAAUAUGGAUCCCUGCGCCAUGGGCAGCUCGAACCAGCUAGUCCUCUCGAUUGUUGGGGCUGGGGAGGAUGUCGAACCGAAGAAUGACCUCGGUACCCCUCGCAGCUGCCAGGAAAGGGAGAGGAGGAAGGCAGACAUCACAUAUGGCAUUGACGAUAUUCCACCUUGGUAUCUUUGUAUCUUCAUGGCGCUCCAGCACUAUCUGACGAUGAUAGGUGCCAUAGUAUCCAUCCCAUUCAUCCUGACGCCUGCGCUCUGCAUGAAAGAUGACGACCCUGCUCGAAGCCAUAUCAUAUGCACCAUGAUCUUUGUGACAGGGAUUGUGACAUGGCUGCAGUCCACCUUCGGAUGCAGGUUGCCUAUUGUGCAAGGAGGCACAAUCUCUUUCCUAGUUCCCACUUUGGCCAUUCUCAAUUUGCCACAGUGGCGUUGUCCAGACUCAGAAGUGCUGGAAGCAAUGUCUCAUGAGAACAGAACAGAGCUAUGGCAGAUACGAAUGAGGGAGCUGUCAGGUGCCAUAGCCGUCUCGGCUAUCCUCCAGGCCACUAUCGGCUAUCUGGAAAGAAAGAAAGAAACACAUUCAAAAACUGUAUUUCGCUUAACUUCUUCAAUUGCUUUCAGUACGAUCCUGCUGCUGACCGUGUUCUCACAGUGUCUGCCUGAAGUGCCAAUACCAAUACCAAGUUAUAAACGUAACCAGGGCUUUGUCAUAAUCUGGUUCCAUCUCUUCAAGCUUUUUCCUGUGCUACUGACCAUCAUGAUAAUGUGGGGAGUGUGUGGCCUGCUCACUUUGUCUGGAACAUUUCCAGUAGGUCAUCCCGCCAGAACGGACGUCAAACUGCGGAUCAUACACGAUUCGCCUUGGUUUCGCUUCCCCUAUCCAGGGCAGUGGGGUGUGCCGACAGUCACUGCAGCAGGUGUGCUGGGAAUGCUGGCAGGCGUCUUGGCUUGCACUGUAGAGUCUAUCAGUUACUACCCCACUACAGCAAGGAUGUGCGGAGCACCCCCACCACCCGUUCAUGCCAUAAACAGGGGCAUCGCUACAGAAGGAUUGGGCACUAUCUUAGCAGGAAUCUGGGGUAGUGGAAAUGGCACCAACACAUUUGGAGAGAAUGUGGGUGCAAUUGGAGUCACAAAGAUUGGCAGUAGGCGAGUAAUCCAGUAUGCUGCUUUCUUGAUGAUAAUCCAGGGUCUUAUCAGCAAGUUUGGGGCAAUUUUCAUUAUAAUUCCACAGCCAGUAGUGGGAGGAAUGUUCUGUGUCAUGUUUGGUAUGAUUGCAGCUUUCGGACUGUCAGCUCUGCAGUAUGUGGACCUAAACUCGGCACGCAAUCUCUAUAUUAUUGGAUUCUCCAUUUUCUUCUCUCUGGUUCUUCCUAAAUGGAUGGUGUCUCACCCACAUGUAAUUCAGACUGGUAAUGAAACUGCUGACAGCAUUAUCACUGUCCUACUCAGCACAAGUAUCCUGGUAGGGGGGAUACUUGGUUGCUUGUGUGACAAUCUCAUACCAGGUACAGCUGAAGAACGUGGCCUUACCGCUUGGCACCAACAGAUGAAGUUAGAAGCUGAAGAAGGUGAUACAACCAGCACAUACGACUUCCCUGUGGGGAUGGGAUUGGUCAGAAGAUGCAAUUUUUUCUCCUACCUACCUUUCAUGCCUACAUACAAACCAAGAAAUCUGAAAAAAUGUGGUGCCAAGAAAGGACAUAAAUGAAAGUGCAGAAGAUAUAGAAGAAGAUGGCUCAUUAUAUAAUAUUGUACAUUGUAGAUGCAAAUUUAUCCCCUACUUAUUUGUGUCGCCAACACACAAAGAAAGAAAGGAGCAAAUCUGAAAAUAAAAGAACAUAAAUAAAGCGAGAAAG